UUUAAAUAUAAACGUUCCAUAAUUUAAAAAUUGUAUGUAACAUCAACAUCUUCUCACAAACUUAUCCCACAUAUGUACUAUUAUCUAUACACAUUGUUGUAAUUUUACUUUAAUUUUACUAGUUAAUUCGAUCAUUCUAAAUUAUUUAUUUAACUAUAAAUAAUAUCACUUUUAAUUCUCAAAUUUCACUAUUAUGUCUGAACUUGAGGAUAUUUACCAUGAAAUUUCGAGACUUAGGCAAGAAUAUGAAUAUCAUUUGAAAAACAACAAUCCUUCCGCUCGUGUUCAAUAUGAAUACGCCUGUAUGCUCAUGUGUUCUCCCAAAUCAUCGGAUCUUGAUACUGCGAUUGAUCUUUUCGAUGAAUUGAUUCGAAUUCAGUAUCAAAGCGUUAAUUGUAUGUACCAACUUGCUUUGUGUUAUAUUAAGCGUAAAAGAUAUCGUAAGGCCAGGAAGUAUUUGGAGCUCAUUCUUAGGAUGGAUCCCAGGAACCAAAUGGCACUUUCUCUUAAGAGUUUACUUUAUGUUUUAUUAUCGGAAGAGGCUAUGUUUGGUACAAUUUUCGCUAUUAUGACAGGAUUCUGUAUAUUCUCAAUGUAUAAGCUAUGGAGAAAGUAAAUGAUAUUCUGUUCCACAUUUAAUAUAGUUAAUUCACAACUAAUUAAUUCUACUAACUAGCA